AGUGCUUUGCUGGAAAGUGGUCUCUCUGGGCCUGUCACAGCAGUUCACAUCUCCAGAUAGCCGUGGGAGUGUUCUCUGAAAUCAGCCUUUAACCAGUGGAGCCGAUAAAAAUAGCGCAAAGACAACAGUUUCAACGACAUGAAUUACCUGCGCCGGCGUCUCUCGGACAGCACUUUCAUCUCCAACCUGCCCAAUGGCUACAUGACAGACCUCCAGAGGCCCGAGCAAGCUCAGCCUCCUCCACCUGCCACCACCAUCCCUGCCAAGUCUCCCACAACCGGGCCCUCACCUCCAGCUACGUCUCCUGCUCCAGAGAAGAAACCUCAGCCUGCUCAGUCCACUGGAGCUGGUUUCUUUAGCUCCAUCACCAACGUAGUGAAGCAGACAGCUGCCUCAGCAGGACUAGUGGAGCAGACCCAAGUCACGACACCUAAGAAGUUCAAGAUUCUCCUGGUGAUUGAUGAACCACAGCAGGAGUGGGCAAAAUUAUUCAGAGGAAAGAAGAUACUUGGGGAUUACGACAUCAAAGUGGAACAGGCUGAAUUCAAUGAGAUCAAUGUCGUGGCUCACGCCAAUGGCACCUGCAACGUUAACAUGCAAGUUCUCAGAAACGGCACCAAGGUGAUGAGGUCGUUCAAGCCAGACUUCGUCCUCAUUCGCCAGCAUGCCUUUAGUAUGACUCAGAAUGAGGAUUUUCGUAAUCUGAUAAUUGGACUGCAGUAUGGAGGCAUCCCAAGCAUCAACUCCCUCGAGUCCAUCUACAACUUGUGUGACAAGCCAUGGGCGUUUGCCCAGCUGAUCAACACUCACAGGAAGCUGGGUGCUGAGAAGUUCCCUCUGAUUGAGCAGACGUUUUACCCAAACUACAAGGAGAUGGUCAGCAUGCCAUCAUUCCCUGUUGUUGUGAAGAUUGGACAUGCCCACUCUGGCAUUGGAAAGGUAAAAGUUGACAAUCACAGUAAGUUUCAGGACAUAGCCAGUGUUGUGGCUCUCACCCAGACGUACACCACCACAGAACCUCUCAUCGACUCCAAAUACGACAUCAGAAUCCAGAAGAUUGGCACAGAUUACAAAGCCUACAUGAGGACAUCUAUAUCUGGUAACUGGAAGACCAAUACCGGCUCAGCGAUGCUGGAACAGGUGGCAAUGACUGAAAGGUACAAGGUGUGGGUGGACACUUGCUCAGAGAUUUUUGGGGGUCUACACAUUUGUGCUGUCAAAGCUAUUCAUGGAAAAGAUGGCAAAGAUUACAUCACAGAGGUGGUGGGCUCUGACAUGCCCUUGGUAGGGGAACACCAGGCAGAGGACAGGCAGCUCAUUACUGACAUGGUGCUGGCAGAAAUGAACCAGUCAGCAGAGAAAGAGGCGAAUGCUCCCCAGAGACCCACUACCAUACAGCCAUCCCAGGGAAUUGGCCAGAAAGGAGAGAUCACAGCUGAACCCACUAAGAACGGCACUGGGCGCCCACCUCAAGGUUGUCUGCAGUACAUUCUCGACUGUAAUGGCGUUGCAGUGGGUCCAAAACCAGUCCAGGCUAACUGAGUCACCCAGGAGAAAGGGGGGAGGUCUCAGAUUCGAGAAAACAAAGGAGUACCUUAGCUGAACACAAGCGCAGACGUGUGGAUGUCAUCAGCUAGAAUCAGAUCUGGGUAGCGUGAGCUUGGUGCAGCUGAGUGCUGGCCUGGACUGUGUUUUUAACUCUAUGCAGUGUCAAAAUGUACUGUCUACUUGUUGACCUGUUUGUGUGCUUGUAUAGGUCACCUAUGUUUCAGUAGUAGCUGUGUUUUUCCUUUUCUUUAGGGCUGUUGUUGAUGAUGUAAAAAGCAGAUUGUGCCUACACUGAGUCCAGUGCUGCUCUGUGCUACCUGUUCAACCCAGCUAUGACUCCUUUAUUUGCCCCCAAACCCUCUUUCUGUUUUCUAUUUUGGUGUGUACCUUUAGAUAUCGUUCAAACUGUGGACUACCGUGCAGUUUGAAGUUUGUGUAUAACUCGAUAUGUAUACAGUACGUGAGUGUGUGGCUUUAGUGGUGAUUAUUUUCAUACUUAUACUAAUAGAUAUUUAUUUUUGUUUGCAUGAUUGAAACAAAGGCAGGUGUAAGUCAGUUAUUAAUGUCUGGGAUGUUCCCAGAACAUCGCUGUUUUAGCCAAGUUGUGUUCCCUGUGAUUCAUGCAUUGUGAAUGUGUCAUAAGAAAUGCAUAAAGGCUCCACAGGAUACAUGAACUUACUAACAAGCAUUCAUGACCACGACAGUGAGCACAUCAGUGCCACAUACUCACAGUACAGACAUUCAGGAUGUGGCCUUUCUUAGAGUUAUUUUUUCAUCUGUUUGUCACCACGUCACAAGAAAAGAGAUUAUUUAGGAAACUAAUAAAUAGAAACAUAAUAAAUUAAGAAAUAUUUAAUAGAGAUUCUAUCAGAUAGGAUGUUAAAUAUAAAUGUAUCAUUUUAACCAAAGAAUAAAUGAUAACUUAAAUCAGUCUUUGCACUCUAAUAACCUGCGUUGUAAAUAUCAUCUGCAGUAGUCAUACUGAGUGUGUAAUUUCACCAGAGAACAGCUCUCCAAAAUGCUUAUGUUCUCAAAUAUCCUGUUGUAAAUUACACACCAGAGGAAUGACGCUGUGUUCAAACUGUCGCCGUCCUUCUGUGUUUGGUUGUUUGAAAGCAGGCAUUGAGGCUGAUAGUAAAAGGUGUAUUACAUGAAAUACCAGAUAUCACCCCCCUUCUUCCCAUCCUCUCUGCUGCCCUCACUGGAUAUCAGCUAAUGUGGUGGUGUUGCCAUGACAACAAAGGAAGUGCUCUGAGUUUUAGUGAGGACCGUGUUACUGCCAUUCAAAGAUUCAACAUGUUUACCUUGACUGAACUCUGCUAGUGAGCUGAUGGAAAGUGCAAUAAAAAAAACCCUUGUUUUUUUAAACUGAAUAAUGCGUUUUCUUUUAAAAUCAGAUCUUCCAUCAAAUUCAUUCUAAAAGCUAUAAUCACCCGCACACUAAACUGUUUUAACACUUUGUUAUCAUCCCGCGGCUUUUGUGGAGGUCAUUUGCUUUUAUCUGAUGUCUAAAAAUAGUACAUAGAUAUUUUCAGUGAGCUGUGUGAAUAAUUCUUUCCCAUCUUGUGUAGAGUGUCAUUGUAUCUGUGAGUGUACCCUUGUUAAAGCCAUGCCUGAGGCUUUAUGGAUGUGUUGUUCUGUUUCAUAGGAAACAUGCUGAGGCAUUUCUUUUCCUAAAGGAGGAACAUGCAGAGCUAUGCCAGUCUGUAAUAUCUGCAUGGUUUUGGAUCAGUGAUGGUGACUGAAUAUUUGAUCAGUGUUUAUUUGGCCACUGUGUAAAAGUGUAAAUUACAUGUUAAGACCUGCAGGACCGUAACCAUCCAGAGCCAUGAUAACUUGCUCAAUAUACGUCCUUUCAAAUCGGUGUGCGACUGUUUAAACAGAAAUUAGAAUACAAUAUAAUGUGGAAAAAAUCUCUUCUGAAUAUUUCCCCUCUG